UGUUGCUUGCUUGAUUUUACAGAAAACAUAUUGUUAUAAGAAAUAUUAAAGUAAUUAUUCAUAAUAAAAUGAGUGUAAAGUUGAAUUUGAUUGCCGCAGCAUGCGAAAACAUGGGAAUUGGUAAAAACAAUGAUUUACCAUGGAAAUUAAAAAAAGAAAUGCAAUAUUUCAGUCGCAUGACAACGCAAACCUCCGAUCCCAACAAAAAGAACGUUGUGAUCAUGGGUAGAAAAACCUGGGACUCUGUCCCAGCGAAAUUUAAGCCGUUCAAAGACCGUAUUAACUUUAUUCUAAGCAGACAAAACCUGGACUUGAAAGAUUAUGAAAAUGUGCAGGCAUUCAAAAGUUUAGAUGAUAUCAUCACCCAUCUUGAAGAAACUUCUGCAAAAGAAGGAUAUGAUAAAGUUUGGGUGAUUGGUGGUAGUGAUAUUUAUAAAUUAUCCUUGGAGAGUAGAAGUUUCCACCGUUUGUAUUUAACUGAAAUCAAGAAGAACUUCGAUUGUGAUACGUUUUUCCCUCAUUUCGGAGAUAAUUUAAAGCUUGUUGAUGAUCCUGAAGUUCCUGCCGGCGUUCAGAAGGAAGGAGACAUCGAAUACGUCUUCAAGGUCUACGAAAACGCCGACUUCGGCCAAGAUGGCGGCCGUUAGGUAAACAUAAAUAUUCUUUUACUCAAUUUCCUCUUAUAAACAACAAUCGGCGCGCGCUCCCGCAGCGCAUUUGAAAAUAUUGUAUACAUAUCAUAAUAUAACGCACAUAUUCAACGAAUAUAACCUGAUAAAAUCUU